UAUGACUUCGCGAGGACUGCGGCUCCUACCAAGUACCUUAUGGUAUACAUGAAUGUACGACGUUGGCAAUUGACAAAUGUAUUAGCAUAAUCCUAUGUAAAGAAGAAUGAAACUGGAUUUACAAGAACUAUACAAGCAAAACGAGUACACCGUAACGGUGAAUGAUAAUUUGCGAAAUGAAACCUUUGAGUUAUGGAGAAACAGUUUAGUGGCUGCAAGUCGCUAUUUUGAUAUGAUAUUUGUUGCUUCCGGAGAGAUUGUUAAGGUAUACUCACAAAACGCUCUAUUAUUUGGAGAAGAAGACAUUGAAGAGUUGUUUACACUGAAAAGUGCAUUCAGUACUACGAACCGUCGGCCUGGACGGACGCAUACAUUCAUGGAGCAUGUUAUCAAUCGAUUAUCAAUAGUCUGCCAAGGCACAGUCGAGCUUCUAAUCGUACUGGACGACUCGGGAAAGGUACAAAUUUAUCAAACAGACGACCUUAAUCGCGCACCCCAGGUCUACGAAGUCUCGGAUUCAGCAUGGGGUCUAGCAUUCUCCAGUCAGAGAAUUCUUGCGGUGUCGGCUAAUUCGCACAACAUUGAAAUGUUCCAUUUAGGAACUGAGUAUUCCUCGAAGUUUAAUGACUAUCGUUCGCGAUGGUUUCAUACGUCUAAACUUGUUCUAGUCGGACAUAAUCAUAACAUUCCUAAUAUUUCGUUCGACUCUACUGGGCGGUAUAUUGCUAGUGUCUCUAUUGAUUGCAGCCUUCGAGUUUGGGAUCUGUAUGAGCUUCACAGCUGUGCCGUAUUCUACAGUUACCUAUGUGGGUGGGGUGUAUGUUUCCUAGAAGAUAAUGAUUUUCAAAAGCUCGACUUAAAAUCAAUGACAGAAGCUAAAAUUCAAACUGCAAAAAAUUAUGGCUCAUCUGCUCCAUCUAUCACUACUGAGCAGGAUUAUAUUUCUUUUUAUUCUCGGGAAAAUGAGUUUGACGAUACUAUAUUUGAGGGGGACCACAAUGUCCUUCUAGAUGAAAACUUGCAUAACGUGGAAGACUUUUUCCUAGCGUCUCUUACAGAGGAACCUGACGCCUUGCUUUUGUAUGCUACUCAUCGUACAGUUACUCUACUUGCAUUCAUUAAUGGAAAUCGUCUUAUGCCUCUAGCGUCUAGUAAGAACAUGUUUGAAAAUCCGCUGGAUAGUCGGACAGACGUUUUCCAACGAGUGAACAUGAUUGAAAAAAUUCCUGGCCUACAUUGUGUUGUUUGCGUCUCACAAAGCGGCCAAAUUACAAUUCUUCAUUUGGUGUCUACAAUAAUAAUGCGCAAGGAAAAACAAUACAGAUCAUGGUCAUUUGUUCCACAGCUGAUACAUUUGACGCACGUUGUUGACUCACCCAUUAUUGGACUUUCAGUGUCACCGGUAUACCAUGGACAGGAAGACAUGUUCUUGAGGUUUUACAUUAUCCUCGUCACUUACUCGGGAAAGGUUAUAACAAUAGAAAUCAAACGAACUGCAAGUGCUGUGGACCCUCUACACCUGUCACAUAUUAUUUUAUAAUCGAGACAUGUUAUUUGUAUAUAGAACCGCAAUUCAUACAUUAUGAUACUGUUGUUACUCUCUACAGUUUGACUUAGUAAAAAAGAAGACCAC